UAGUUUAAAAUGUGAGAAAGAAGUCCAUAGAUUAACGAGCCUGUGACUUAACAACAAUGUUAAUUAUAGCGACUGAUUAUGUAAUUUUCGCUAGAUCUACUUUUUUUCCCCGCCAUUAGUAUUCUGCUCUAUUUAAUCCAGAGGGCGUUACGCAGUAUCGAUUUCUUCCGCGCAGUGUUGUGCGCUGAAGUGUUGGAGAAGGAAGAGUUGCCGUGGUUUAAUUAAUUUGCUAUAAUUUUUAAAAGUGAAAUUAUAAUGUAUACAGUCAGUUUUUGAAGAUAUGUGCAUUUAUUACCCUUAACUAGUGUUUAAUUUACUUUAAAAGCGGAUAAUUAUUCAAAAUUUCAGUCAUGGGCUCUCUAUUUCGCAGUGAAGAGAUGACAUUAUGUCAACUGUUCUUACAGUCUGAAGCAGCAUAUGCAUGUGUUUCAGAGCUAGGAGAACUUGGUCUUGUUCAAUUUCGGGAUCUGAAUCCCGAUGUUAAUGCCUUUCAACGAAAGUUUGUGAAUGAAGUUAGGAGGUGUGAUGAGAUGGAGAGAAAAUUAAGAUUUCUUGAAAAAGAGAUCAAGAAAGAUGGCAUUGCAAUGAUGAGUUUUGGUGACAAUCCAGAAGCUCCACAACCCAGGGAAAUGAUUGACUUAGAGGCUACUUUUGAAAAAUUAGAAAAUGAAUUACGUGAAGUAAAUACAAAUGCAGAGGCUUUAAAGAAAACUUAUUUAGAAUUGACUGAAUUGAAACAUAUUUUAAGGAAAACUCAGCAGUUCUUUGAUGAGGCAGAAUUUCAUCAUGUGCAGAUGCACGAUCCCAGUAUGCAAGAAGAAAGUGUUACACUACUUGGAGAAGAAGGUCUACGAUCUGGUGGACAAGCAUUGAAAUUAGGAUUUGUUGCUGGGGUAAUUUUACGAGAACGCUUACCUGCUUUCGAGCGAAUGCUUUGGAGGGUCUGUCAUGGCAAUGUUUUUCUUCGUCAAGCCGAUAUAGAUACUCCAUUAGAAGAUCCAGUGACUGGUGAUCAAGUAUAUAAGUCAGUGUUCAUUAUUUUCUUUCAAGGUGAUCAACUGAAAACUAGAGUGAAAAAAAUAUGUGAAGGAUUUCGUGCUACUCUCUAUCCAUGUCCUGAAACACCAGCAGACAGAAGAGAAAUGUCUAUUGGGGUUAUGACUCGAAUAGAAGAUUUAAACACUGUUCUUGGUCAGACUCAAGAUCACCGAUACAGGGUUCUUGUGGCUGCUGCAAAAAACAUCAAAAGCUGGUUUGUCAAAGUUCGAAAAAUUAAGGCUAUAUACCACACACUCAAUUUAUUCAAUUUAGAUGUCACCCAGAAAUGCCUCAUUGCUGAAUGUUGGUGUGCUUGUUCAGAUCUGGAUAAGAUACAGAUGGCAUUAUGCAGAGGAACGGAAUUAAGUGGUGGCAGUGUUCCAUCUAUUCUGCAUCGAAUGCAAACAACAGAAAUACCUCCAACGUUUAAUCGUACAAAUAAAUUUACUCAAGGCUUCCAAAAUAUUGUUGAUGCCUACGGUGUAGCCAAUUAUCGAGAAGUAAAUCCCGCUCUUUUCACUAUCAUAACAUUUCCUUUCCUGUUUGCUGUGAUGUUUGGAGAUGCUGGCCAUGGUUUGAUUAUGGCUCUUUUUGCAGCCUGGAUGGUAUUAAAAGAGAAGGGCCUCGCUUCUGAAAACACAGAUAAUGAGAUCUGGCUGACAUUUUUCCAUGGUCGUUAUAUAAUUCUGCUGAUGGGCAUGUUCUCUGUUUAUACUGGACUAAUGUACAAUGAUAUUUUUUCAAAAUCUGUCAAUUUGUUUGGGUCUUCGUGGUAUCCCCACGCUGAUUUUACAAACAAGCCAUUACCAAAGCUUUAUCAAAUGAAUCUUACAAACAAUGCUGAUUAUAUGGGAAUUCCUUAUCCAUUUGGUGUUGACCCAGUGUGGCAGGUAUCAACCAACAAAAUAUUGUUUUUAAAUUCGUACAAGAUGAAAGUGUCUGUUAUAUUUGGUGUAUCGCAAAUGGCUUUUGGCGUUAUUCUUAGCUUGUGGAAUCACAGGUAUUUUAAACAGCCACUGAAUGUUAUAUGUGAAUUUGUGCCACAACUCAUAUUCUUAAUCUCGAUAUUUGGAUACCUGGUGAUACUGAUAUUCUCAAAAUGGACAAAUUAUGAUGCUACUAUGUCUGGAUGUGCACCUAGUCUCUUGAUUAUGCUGAUAAAUAUGUUCCUGUUUAAAUACCCAUCAGAACCAUGUUACCUAAAACCAAUGUAUGCUGGUCAAGCAGUGUUUCAAGGAAUGCUUGUUGUAAUAGCUUUGUUAUGCAUUCCCUGGAUGCUUCUUUCCAAGCCAUAUAUGCUAUACAGACAGUGGUUGAAGAGGCCAACUAUGAUGGGUGGAACUGAAAAUAAAACUGGUGAAGAUGGUAAAAAUGGAGCAGAUGGAAUAAUGAAAGAAAACCAAAUUCCUGAAACUACUAUACCAGAGACUUUUGAUUUUGGAGAAAUUUUUAUACAUCAGGCCAUUCACACUAUCGAAUAUUGUUUAGGAUCAAUAUCACACACUGCAUCAUACCUUCGACUAUGGGCCUUAAGUUUAGCUCAUGCUCAAUUAUCAGAAGUAUUAUGGAAUAUGGUUUUGCGCAUUGGUAUUUCUGGAAGUGGUGGUGUUCUUCUCUACUUGACAUUUGGUGCAUGGGCAGUUCUUACUAUUGGUGUGCUGCUUAUUAUGGAGGGUUUAUCUGCUUUUCUGCAUGCAUUACGAUUGCAUUGGGUUGAAUUUCAAAGCAAGUUCUAUUCUGGAAUGGGCAGCAUGUUCAUUCCUUUCUCAUUUGAUACCAUACUGGAAGUGGCUGGAAUAGAUGAUUAGACUUUACAUUAUUAUAUGAAAUAAUAUCUGUGCUGUGUUAGAUCUGUACAACAUGUAAAUUUCAGUUUACAUGUGCAUUUGUUUUCUGUUACUAUGAGCUUAUGGUUAAAGUCACAAACUGUGUAUAUUCAAGCCAUAAUGAUAGAUAUCCUGAGUUAUAAAAACCAAUUUUUACUUUUUUUUAUCCACAUUGUUGUUAUUAAGAUCUGCUGCUAGCUUUGCAAGAAUGUUGUUCUAUAUUUAGAUUGCAAAUCUGUUCUACAAAUUGGAAAUGUUAAAUUUUUUAAAUUUAUUAUUGAGCUAGUCUUGGUAUUUUAAAACAAAUGUAAAUUAAUCAUUAUCAGUAGGGAAAUGUAAGGAUUAUUUUCACAAAGAAAAGUGCAAUUUUUUUUUUAACAAUUAUAAUAAAAUUUCUGUUACCAAAUGAUCUGCUUGCCAUCAUGUGUUCAUUGACAUUCAAUGAAAAAUGUUGUAUUAUUUUCAAAAUACUCUUGUAUAUUUAUUUAUUUAUUGUUUAUAGUAUAUUUUAUAUUUAUAUAUUUAUAUUGAGAAAGUGUGUUUACAGCCUUUUACAACACUGAACUGAUAAAAUAGCUUUGUUUCAUGUUUGUAGUUUUAUGACAUAUUUUAUUGUGUUUGGAUGUAUAGUAAAUUAAAAAAAAUAUAGAUAUAUGAUUGCUUGUAACUGUCUUGCUUAUAAUUUUGCAAGGCCGAGUCUCUUCUGAACUAUGUAGUAUGGAUGGAUGGAUUAUUAAUUGCCAAAAAUUAUUGAUGUGGAAUGUUUGAAUGUUAGAAUGCUUAGGAAUACACAAAUUAAUUUCUUGUGAUACAUCAUUAGUAAAUUUCACUACUGAUUAAGUACUUUUUUAAUUUAAAAGGGUGAUUUGUAAUAAUAAACUCUUAAAAAUAAAAAAAAAUUAAACAGUAUAUAAAAAUAUUUUGCUGACCUUUUUUAUUGAUGCUAAAUUCUUUUUUUAAUAAAUUAAAAGCUUUUCUGACCAUUCAUUACUUUCACCCAUUUAUGUGUUCUGUAUGUUAUAUUCAUUUGUUGCUAAUUAAUGAGAUAAUUACAUCACCAUAAAACUUGUUCUGUGUUCUAAAUAUUUAACAGCAUAAAAUGUAAAUGCAAUAUCUUGAGUGUUUUAUUAUUUCAUGCAUUUAAUUUGAACAUGCUCAUGAAUACAUAUUUUGUUAUGUUGCUGCAAAAUAUAUGUGUAUAUUGUACAAAUGUAGCAUUUAAUUGUUUACACUAACAAUAAAUAGCAUUAUGUGAAACCUU